AUGUCGGCCCCUCCGUCUCCCGACAGCCAGCUUCAGCAGCUGGAUCAAGACACCACACUCGAGCCCGUUCAGUCCCUCAACUCCAAGCUCGACCGGCUUCUCCUACCAGACAUGGCUACCGAAGCCCCUAUUGCGGUAGCCAAAGGCUCAAUGCCGGCCAGCACCGUGAACGAAGAGAAGAGAUGGACAUAUCUCGACAACAUUCGAAAGAACCCCGGCCCGUUCAGCGACCCAGAUGUCGCCGGAACACCAGAGGCCUUCGAGCAGUUUGACAAGAUGAAAGUAUUGGUUAUUGGUGCCGGCGGUUUGGGUUGUGAAAUACUGAAGAACUUGGCAAUGUCCAAGUUCAAAGACAUCCACGUCAUUGAUAUGGACACUAUCGAUAUCUCGAACCUCAACCGACAAUUCCUCUUCCGCCAGUCCGAUGUGGGCAAGUCAAAAUCCGAAUGCGCAGCGCAGUUCGUCAUGCGCCGUGUGAAGGGCGUCACAAUCACCGCCCAUAACUGCCGCAUCCAGGACUUCGACGCCGACUUCUACAAGCAAUUCCAGCUUGUCAUCUGUGGCCUGGACAGUAUUGAAGCACGAAGAUGGAUCAACGCCAUGUUGGUAUCAAUAGCUGAAGCGGGCGAGGAUGCCGACUGUCUGAUUCCCUUGAUCGAUGGCGGUACAGAGGGUUUCAAGGGUCAGGCUCGCGUGGUCAUCCCCUCAAUGACCUCCUGUAUCGAGUGUCAGUUGGAUAUGCAUGCCCCUAGAGCCGCUGUUCCUCUCUGCACCAUCGCCUCAAUCCCUCGUCAGCCUGAGCACUGUAUCGAGUGGGCGCAUGUUAUCGCAUGGGAUCAGGAGAAGCCGUUCCCCCAGCUCGACAAGGAUGACCCUGCACACGUCUCGUGGUUGUACCAAAAGGCACUUGCGCGUGCAGAGGAGUUCAAGAUCUCGGGCGUCACCUACGCCCUCACCCAAGGCGUGAUCAAGAACAUCAUCCCGGCUAUCGCCUCCACGAACGCCAUCAUUGCUGCGUCAUGCUGCAACGAGGCCUUCAAGCUUGCAAGCUCUGCGGCACCGACGCUUGGCAUGGAGGAGAACUACAUGAUGUACUCUGGUAACGACAGUGUCUACACUUACACCUUUAGACAUGAAAAGAAGGACGACUGCCCCGUCUGCGGACAGCAAUCACGCCCACUGGAGGUUGAUCCCAACAGCACCCUCCAAGAGCUUGUGGACUCGUUCGCAACCCGGCCGGAGGCUCAGCUGAAGAAGCCGUCCCUUCGAGGCGAGGGCAAGACGCUAUACAUGCAAUUCCCGCCUAGCUUGGAGGAAAAGACAAGGCCGAAUCUUGAGAAGACCAUCAAGGAGUUGGGACUGGAGGACGGGCAAAACGUGAUUGUCACUGACCCGGCGUUCCCACUCGAGUUCAACUUCUACCUGCGGUUCAGGGGAACUGCAUAA